GGUAAGAGAGAAUCAUGGGUCGGCUGCCUCCUGCAUGGCCCCCGCUGGGGAUCAAGCCCGCAACCCAAGCAUGUGCCCCUGAUGAAAUUCGAACCUGAGACCCUGCAGUCCUCAGGCCGACGCUCUAUCCACUGAGCUAAACCAGCUAGGGUGAGAGCUUAUUAUUAUUUAUGUUGCCGGGAAGGGAAACUGAGGUUGCGCAGCAACAAUUCAAGGGGCUGGGUCUCGAACCCGAGACGCCGAGUUCAGACUCCAGCCUGGUCAGGCGGAACUACGGAAAGGCUGGGAGCGACGGGAGCGGCGGACGCGAAGGGCGGAGGCACACGCACGGAAAGCCGCCUCUGCCCACAGCCAAGAUGGCCGCGGCGGCGGGAGCUCUGCACUUCCGGCUUUUGGGGCCUCUCUCUCUCUCCUCGUGGCCCGGCUCUCGAUGGUGGCCUGGGUCACGUGACGGGGGCGGGGGUGGUGGCGCGUUCUCCCCCGCCGCGAGGAAACCAGCUCUCCAGGCCCGGAGGGGAGGGGGCUCGGUCUCCCACGGGGGGCUGUGACAUGUCUCUAGAAGACCCGUUUUUUGUAGUCCGAGGCGAGGUGCAGAAGGCGGUGAACACAGCCCGCGGGCUGUACCAGCGCUGGUGUGAGCUCCUGCAGGAGGGCGCCGCGGUCGGCCGCGAGGAGCUGGACUGGACGACCAAUGAACUGCGGAAUGGCCUGCGCAGCAUCGAGUGGGACCUCGAAGACCUGGAGGAGACCAUCGGCAUAGUGGAAGCCAACCCAGGCAAGUUCAAGCUCGCAGCUGGGGACCUGCAGGAGAGAAAGGUCUUCGUGGAGCGGAUGCGCGAAGCGGUCCAGGAAAUGAAGGACCAUAUGGUCAGCCCAGCAGCCGUAGCCUUCAUGGAGAGAAAUAAUAGAGAGAUGCUAAUGGGCAAGCCAACUGCCCAGAAGCCAUCCAGUGACCUGCUGGAUGCCAGCGUGGUAUCUGUCACCUCUCGCUACAUUGAGGAGCAGCAGGCCACACAGCAGCUGAUCAUGGACCAACAGGAUCAACAGCUGGAAAUGGUGUCUGGGAGCAUCCGGGUUCUGAAACACAUGUCCAGCCGCGUUGGGGAGGAGCUGGAUGAGCAGGGCAUCAUGCUGGACACCUUUGCUCAUGAGAUGGACCACACCCAAUCCCGGAUGGAUGGGGUCCUCAGGAAGAUGGCCAAAGUGUCCCAUAUGACAAGCGACCGCCGACAGUGGUGUGCGAUUGUGGUGCUGCUGGGGGUGCUUCUCCUGGUUCUCAUCCUGCUCUUCUCUCUCUGAUCCUGGCUCUCCCAGGGGGCUGAUCCCUCACGCUGGGGGAGCUGGUAGGGCCCUGCCCCCUGGGAGGAGGGUGUCAUGUCUGGGGAGUUGUCCCAAGGCUCUCAGCCAGUGGGACCUUCAGGGCCCUUGGUUGGAGCCCCCGCCACUGGUCCUUUCUCAAGUGCACUUAGGGGGCGGUGGAGGUAGGAGGACCUCAGAUACACCCUGCCCCGUUUCUAUUUCCAGUGUCCCAAAGCCAUUUAUUCACCCCUAUGCCUUCUACACGUGCCAACUUGGAAAUAAAAUCCCCGCCUUUUUUAUACGUAUUUA